GUGGUCAAGUUCCGUCGCACGGGUGAUAGCACACGCUCUGAGGAUGACGGCGGGGUCAGAGAGCAGGAGGUCCAGAUUGAUGGGAGGCAGGUUUAUAUGGAGUCUGUGGCACUUCAGGAUGGCGCACCAGUACCCCGGGAGUUUGCCAAUCCAACUGAUGGUAUGACUGGGUCCCUCCUCAGCCUCCACUCUGACUUUCCCAUCCAAACUCAUAAUAACUCCCAUAUGCAUGGGAACCACCUUCCCCCUCUCUCUUUCCACCUACCCCCUCCCUGCCUGGGGACCACUGGGCUCUUAUAAGUGGCUUUAUCUGUUAUGAGAUUGACUACAGAUACUAAUUUUGUACACAUUUAUUUUAGUAACUUGUAAUCCAUACUUGCAAGUCAUCAUCUGUAUUUUAUGUGAUUUCCUACUUGAGUUGUUAUAGAAUUUAUUGUUAAUUGGUUACACCUCUCAUUCUCCCCAGACACUUUCAUGGUGGAGGAUGCUGUGGAGGCCAUUGGCUUUGGGAAGUUCCAGUGGAAACUCUCCAUCCUCACUGGUCUGUCCUGGGUGAGCAGCCACGCUUUAGACAGGGCUGGUCUGGUCAGAGAGGAAAACAUAACAGUUUCAUAACAUGUUGAAUAUGUUCUGUAUUACAAACCUGUACAUGUGGAUUGAAUGUACUGUAUAUGAGCAGAAUUCACUGUGUCUUCAUUGAUUCCUUCCGCACCGGUCCUUAUGGCUGUUGUUUGUUCAGAUGGCUGAUGCUAUGGAGAUGAUGAUCCUGAGCAUCCUGGCUCCACAGCUGCACUGUGAAUGGAGGCUGCCAAGCCUGUGGGUGGCGCUACUCACUUCGGUAAUGCCUGACUCAUACUUAGAUUGAAUACAAGUAAUACUAAAUUAUUACUAGAUUGGUGGGCUAACAGUAGUUGUUGAGAAGUUCGUGGUGAUUGUAUGGACUAGUAGUGGUAGUGAUGAGUGUAAUAGCAGUAGCUGUUGAUGUUAAUGCAGUCUUACAGUGUCUCUUGUCACUUUUCAUUACUGAUAAAGCCUCUACAUAUAGUGAUAUCUAUUCCCUCUGUUUCUUUUACUCCAGGCGGUGUUCAUUGGAAUGAUGAUCAGCUCGUCCAUAUGGGGGAACAUAUCCGACAAGUAUGGCAGAAAAACAGUAAGUUCAAUGACUGGGUUUAUUAUGGGGGAGGUUAUGACUUUCACAACAGGACAGACACAGCUAUAUCGAUUAAUAAUUUCACAUCAGUUAUGUGUUUGACAGGCUUUCAUGAGACAUCAGUUUUAUAUCAACUUUUUGGGAAGAAAUGGGAAAUGGGGAGAUCCAUGACAGUGUGAUGCGUGGUAGAGAUAGUUAGGGUAUUUUGCUGUCAGUGACAGAGCUCACAGCUGUGGAUGUGGGUGUGUACACAGGGUCUGAAGAUGAGUGUGGCGUGGACCAUGUUCUAUGGUGUCCUGAGCGCCUUUGCCCCCGUCUAUGGCUGGAUACUCUUCCUCCGUGCCCUGGUGGGCUUUGGCAUCGGAGGAGCACCACAGUCGUACGUGUCCCUUCUCUCUGGGAUCAUAGCAAUAGCUACAGUAUAUACUCUAGUAGGUCAUAGUAAAGGAUUGGGUUAUGUUAUCUACCCAGUUAUAAGUAGGCAACUUAUAACUGGGUAGAUAAGAUAACCCUGCUAGGCUGCUCCCCACAUGGACAUUUUAUCCCCCCCCCCAAAAAAAAACAGACAAAUACCCUGCCCACACCCCAAUGGUCAUUUAUAUUUCUCACUGUCAUGUAUAUAUUAUUAUUUUCAUUUUCAUUGUAUUGCUUCAUUCACACCUGCACUGCUGGAGCUCGGAGCUUAAGAAUUUCACUGUAUACUGCAACUACAUUUGUGCAUGUGACUAAAUACAAAAUAAAAUAUCUAAAUCUAGAAGUGGCAUAAUAGUGACAUGUCCUUCUCCCUUCAGGGUGACACUGUAUGCAGAGUUUCUCCCCAUGAGGUCCAGAGCCACCUGCAUCUUGCUGAUAGAGGUAUGGCUUACCCUUUACUAUCCUAUAUACUGUAUAUAGUUCCACCUUCUGUCUGUGGCCUGUCCAACCCAAUUCCUUUCCCCUACCCUUCUGUCUAUCUGUCUACAAACUCUGCUGUCCUGUGAGAUCCACUUUCAACUCUGUCAAGUCCUUCAUUGAUUUGAGACAUUAGCAGGUCGGUGUGGUGCUCAUUGAUCCACUUGUUUGUGAGUGAUCCUCUUGAUGCCAGGUUUGUGGCCCCUCAGGAGCAGGAUAGGUCUCCACUCUUAGCUGGAUCAAUGAAGCUGCUUCAAUGUGCCAGGGAACUCAUCAUGCCAACCUUCUCCUGUACCUAUUGCUGUGCCCCUGCAGAUAUUCUGGGCGCUGGGCACUGUGUUUGAGGUGCUGCUGGCCAUCGUGGUGAUGCCCACUCUGGGCUGGCGCUGGCUGCUCGGCCUCUCUACCAUUCCGCUCUUCAUCUUUGCUAUCCUCUCUUUUGUGAGUAUGACAGUAACAGCUACUACCAAUUCACUUAAAUUCAGUUUUUCUACAAUAUUAAACGACUGACCCUUUGGUUUUGGAAACAGUGGCUGCCAGAGAGUGCCCGCUACGACGUGUUGACAGGGAACCAGGAGAAAGCGCUGAACACCCUGAAGCGCAUCGCCAAGGAGAACGGAGUCCCCAUGCCCCUGGGGAAA